GAGCUAUUAAAUAUUGUUUUGUUUAAGAAAUUACUAAACUUUUAUUGAAUGUGGUUUUAAUAACUUAAGGAAAACAAAAACGAUGCUAAAUACACUCGCUGGCCAAAUAAAAUUGGCUAGUUGCUGGUCUAAAAAUAAUAGCAAUCGCAAGAAACGAGCAAAUGCUACAACCACACCGUAGGCGGAAAAAAAAGAGAGAGAUCGAGAUUGCGCUUUUCUCUCCUUAGAAUUUUCAAAACAUUAACACGAAGCACGAACAAGCUUAAGACGAAGCUAAAAUACUCUUUCCCAAAUAAACAAACGAUAUAAUGAACCGAAGUAUAUUUACUUGUACAAUCCGACAUCGACAGCAAUUUUUUGAGUCUUUGAAUUUCAAUUCAGCAAGCCAUUUCUUUAUAAAUCCAAGAAGAUAAACAGCACAAGUGUCUGUUUAAACUGUUACUGCGCCAAGUUUUGCUCAGAUACGCAAAUACCCUUUCGGAACUUUUUGUAAAGGUGACUCACAGACAAAACAGAAUUGUUUCCUAUUGUUUCCAAUAUUUUUAGAAUUUAAUCAGCCCAGCCCAGAUUUAGGGAAAAUUAAAGCAACCAACUAGAGAACGAGUUUCCAUUCCAUUCCAAAGAUAUCGUAGCAUGGUAGGAAAUACUGGAACUGACAAUAUUACUUCGAAGAAGUAUUCAAUGUGGAAGGUUUUCUAUAUUGUAGCUAUCUGUAUAAAUCGGUUUCUUAUACCGAAUGCCUAUACUCUGGCCUAUUGGCGCCCACACUUCCGUAUUUGUAACAAAGAGUUCAUUUCUGGGAAAGAGUAUUAUUAUUAUUAUGUACGUGUAUUACGUUCCUGCCGCAGCAAACAAUAAUAGACAAUAGCCACCACAGCACAGCACAGCUCAGAAGCCGCAGUCGCAGCCGCAGAGUGGCAGCAUCGAGGGGGCAACCGAUUGUAGCGUCAUUGAGCAGCAGCUCUCCCGCAAACAUCGGCAGUGCGGCCUGUUUCUGAUCGCUGCUCCGUGUUGAGAGUGCGCGUGUGUGUUUAGUGUACUCUGAUGAUCUCUGGUCUGGGCCGUGUCUGCCUGCCCGUACCCGUACCCGUGCCUGUGCCUGUGCCCUCUGCUGUUGAGCACACACUCGUCGGCUACUUUGCGCUGUCGUCUACCGCAGACGCCUUCGUCUUCAUCUUCUGCGGCAAACGUUGCGAUAUUUCCAUUUUUAUAAUUAGUAUUUCUAGCGUGCGCUUUCGUAAAUGUUGCGGUUAUUUCGGCUUGUUGUGUCUCAAUAAAUGCCAUAACCAUUGGCCAGAUUGUUGUGUAUAAAAGGAGUCGAGAACGGCUCGCGCUCGAAUUGAAUGCCAAAUGUUUCAAAGUGCGUGAAGUUUUGGAAGCUGGCAAAUGGAGGAGCAACAUGCCACAAUUGAAAAUCGACCGAGUUGAAAUUGCAUUUGAAUUGAGAUUGAAAUAAAAUGGAACUGAAUUGAAUUGCGAUUGCGAUUGCAGAAUGCAGAUACUGGCAUAGGAAGAUUUGCAAUUGCAAUUGACUUCGUGGGGCUGCUCUUCGUCGCAAUUCGCGCGCUGUUUCUGUUGUGUGGGUCUAUUUCUGUCGAAGCUGCCAAAUAUUUUACAAUUUCAAUUAUUUUUACACAUAAUACGCUCUCUAUAACAUAUAUUAUAUAUUAUACAAGUAUAUGCAAACGCCCAAUGCAGAACAAUAUCUACAUAUGUAUACUUGUAUAGCAGGUACAGAACAACCACAACAACUACAACAACAACAACAACAACGAUAACAAAACUACAAGCAGGAAUUGUUCAACUCAUGAAAUAGACCACCAAGCCACAAAUUGCCAGUCAGCUAGUCAGCCAGUCAACCAACAACAGCGACAACGACAACGACAUUGUCGUCAUAGCCGCCACAGACCCACGCGAAAAAAAUGGCAACAUUUUUGAAUCGUUUUCAUCGCGAGAAAAGCGAAAAGAUCUUGCCAAAUAAUACAAGUAGUAGUGAAAACAGCAAGAAAACAGCUGCUGCUGCUGCUGCCGAUGCUGCCUCUGCCGACUCUGUUGCUACUGCUGCAGCAGAGGCGGUAACAGCAGCGCCAACAGCGCAGCCGCGACAACAGCGACGUUACAUGCGAAGCGCGACUGCAGCCAGCGUCACGCAACUGCUCUCUGAGAGCUGUAACAGUCUGUUGCAGCGUUUUCGACGCAAUCCGAGCGAACGACCUGAUAAUAAACAGCAACAACAACAACAGCAGCAGCAGCAACGCAAUCGUGCAGCGCCCCUAAUUGAGGAGAGCAGUGAAAAUCGUAAAAGCCCUGAGCAUAGCAAUCGGGAAGAAUCCAAGACUCCAACGAAUGACAGCAACAACAACAAUAAUAAGAAGAGAAGCAAAGAUAAGAGCAGGCGCAGACGCAGCUCGGAAAAGUCCUCCAACUCCAACCGAAGAAGUUAUCAGAACGCUGCCGGCGGCGGCAGCGAAGAGCAAGACGCUAUGAGCGAUCGGCACCGACGUUACUAUGGUGGUGGGGGUCUAGGCACCGCCGGCCUCGGCUACCAACCCAGCACAGGUCGCUAUCAACGCAGCACAACAACUGCCACAGGAUCAACAGCGCUGGAUCGCCUCCGCUCGCACCUCAGCCCUGUGGGCGCCUACUAUAAGCCCCUGCUGCGCGGCCUGGGCGGAGGCAGCAGCAGAACGGCUGUGGCAACCGACGAUGUUAGUAUUCCACGCUAGAAACCCUUGGAGACGACAAACCAAUGAGCAAACCCAUGAGUCACGCAAACAUAUUUUGGAAAGAAUUUCAAAACUGCUGGGCAUGAAGUUCGUUAACUGUUCGCACCUGUGCUGUGCAUUCAUUAUAGGUGCUCUGACUCAUGCACAAGUCACUGCCCCAGAUCUGUCAGAACAUGGUUGGCAAUUCCGGCUGGCAUAGGCAGGGAGACAUAAGAGACAGUGCCCAAUGGGGCUUCACUAGUAAGGUGGGCAGCCCAACUUUGCAAGCACAUAUAGGCGCAGGCCUUAUGCUAUGUACCGAGGUGUUUUAUAUACAUAUACACUUUGAUUUUCAUUUCUAUAUGUACUUCUCUACUUGUAUAUCUUGUGCGUUUACGCCGCCAAAUUUAUUUUCGAAUCCGGCUCUCUUGUGCAUAUAAAAAGAUAUUCACAAUUUUACGAUUUCACGAUUCUUUUCGAUGUUGUAUUUUAUAUAUAAACUUUGAAGGUCGGCGGCACACUAGUGGACUUUUGUUUAGAUUGUGUGUGGCUGUGAUGCCCACCUAGGAGGCCAGCUAGUUAGUCAGCAGUCUGGUCGGAGAGAAAGCAACUUUCAGUGAAAACGCCUAAAUUGUGGGGGAAGCCCGAGUCGCGACCCAAGCUGUAAUUUGUAAUUGCCAAAAAAAAGAAACUUAAAUGGGUAAAUGGGUUGUUGGUGGUUAGAUUAGCUCUGGAGGCGGAGCAGGCCAUGCGUAAAACUGCGUGCUCCACACUUUUCCAAAGCUGUUGGGUCGCUGUUGGAUCUGUCGUUUCCAUUGGUUUCACACGAGCGCAACGCUUAAAAGCACUUUCCUCUUUUCUUCAAAUGAACGACUGGCUGACUGACU